UCCAACUACUUAACCAAAGAGGGGGGAGGGGAAAGACUAAGAACAUCCUUUGUGCAGCAUGAAGAAAACAUCAGGGUGUGGCUUAAUGGAACUCCAGGUGAGGAGAGGGGUUGGUUUGCCUCAUUUAUGAGGCUGCAACCGACUCAAGCCACAGAUAAAUAAAGGCAGCCACAGAUUCAUACAACCCAGAAUCCUGGAGCCAUAUGCCCUCCUAGACUCGCACUGAAUGACAAACACUUCCCAGGAGUUGCUAAAGUCCUAGGAGCACAUGUUCACCUGGGGCCACCAGUGCAGUGACUGACAGACUGACUCGAUAAGGAGCUACAGCCGGUGUUCAUAGUGUUGUUUUCAAGACGGAAUAAAGAUCGGACUGCAGAUGGCAUUUACGAGCAUGGCCACCCAGAACUACUCAGCUAACCUGGAUUAUUAUACGGGUUCCAGUUCUGUGUUGCCUCCGUACGACAACCCGUUUAACCGCACAGACACUAUUUGUGAAAAAAGUCACACCCGGCAGUUUGCUCAAACUUUCCUGCCAGCAUUUUUCAUCAUUGUAUUCUGCAUCGGCACAGUGGGUAAUGCCUUCGUCAUCCUCGUCUACUGCAAAUACAGAUACAGGAAGAGCAUCACUGACAGAUACCUGCUUCACAUGGCCAUUGCUGAUCUGCUCCUCAUUCUCACUCUCCCUUUCUGGGCAAUAGCAGCUUCAUAUGGCUGGGUCUUUAAGAAUGUCAUGUGUAAAAUUGUCAAUAGCAUGAACAAGAUCAACUUCUACAGUUGUAUGUUAUUUCUAACAUGCAUUAGUUUUGACAGGUACAUUACAAUUGUCCAGGCCAUGAAAGCUAAGAACUCUAAGCGAAAAAGGCUUCUGCGCAGUAAACUAGUUUGCUUUGGUGUUUGGCUGAUUGCAAUAAGCUUAUGCAUCCCAGAAAUAGUAUACAGUGAAUCUAAGCAAGUUAGUAAUACAACUACAUGCAAGAUGGUAUACCCUACCACAGUGACCCGAACCAUCAAAGUUACUGUCCUAGCUUUGAAAAUCACAAUAGGAUUCCUCCUUCCUCUCUUCGUCAUGGUUACUUGUUAUGCUUUUAUAAUUCAUACCCUCCUUCAAGCCAAAAGAUUCCAAAAGCACAAAUCAUUAAAGAUCAUCAUCAUUAUUAUCACAGCUUUCCUCCUCUCCCAGUUGCCCUACAACAGCAUUUUGCUGGUCAAAACCAUCAACGCCUACACCAUGGUCAUAUUUGACUGCAAAACCUCUGAUAACAUUGACCUCGGAUUCCAGAUAACUCAGAGCAUCGGCUUCCUUCACAGCUGCCUGAACCCCUUCCUCUAUAUGUUUAUUGGGGAAAGAUUCCGUAAAGCCCUCUUUAAAAUUCUGGAGGAUGCAAUUCACUGUACUGGUAAGAGCCGAGAACAGAGCUCUUCCAUAUACGGUAGCCAAGAAGGGAGCUCAAAAUGGUCUGCUUUGCUGGGGCCAUCAAAAACCAGGAGCUCUCUCACUUUGAUUAUGCCCCGAAAUACCUCACUCUCACCCAACUUCUGCCAAGCUCCUUCCAAAGUUAAUGCGAGUCUGGCUGGAGCAAGGAGUACUGAAUGCAGUGCUCUGUAAGUGAUUCUUACCCUAUGAAAGAAAAAGGAAAAUCCCUCUCAACAAAGUGAAUUAGCAUCUUCAUGAGGGGCUUGAUCCAAUGAUCCUUCAAAGUAUUGAGCACUCUCCACUUCUGCUGAAGUCAGCAGGAGUUGAGGGCGCUCAGUGCCUCCCCCUCGACCGCCAAGCACCUUCAAAGAUCAAGCCCUACACUUCUGGCUGAAAGACAGUGACACCAUUGAAAAGAGCCAGGGAAAUAGUAUAACGCUGACUGGAAGCAGAACUGCCGAAGGAGGGGAUUUAAAAAAAAUCUUGUUACAACUGUAAAUAUCCAACCCAGCUGUGGCAAUGAACAAUCUGAACCAGCAAGUGACUUAAGGGAAUGAUCACAUGUGGUCAUGGAGCUCAGUUACUAUAGCAAUGGACAUAGCUAAGACAUGGUGGCUGCUUCACACUAUGGCCCAUUCCCAUCCAGGCCGAUUGACUGA